CCUUUGUCUAUGGAGAAAGUGUAUCACGAGUAGCUUACAACACUGCCAGAAUCGAACCUAAUGUGUUGUAGAAAUGUAUGUAUCCAUGACAAGUCAGAACUUCGUUGGUUGAAUUGUACUCUAAAUUUUUAAUAGUUGAAACUGCUUGAAAUUAGUGAAGUUUGAUCUCAAUUCUGUUACGCCUUCUCCAAUUAUGUUAAAGGAUCGCUGUUUUCUUUAAGUGAUAAUUUCACUAGUUCGUAAGUGAUUUUCAGUGAUCUGUCAGUGAAUUUCACAAUUUGACAAUACAGAUCCAUAGCGACUUAGCGAGGUUACUGAAUUGGCCGUCAGUAACGACUUGUUUAGCAAAAUUGUCAGGCCAUCUCACUGAUAUGAAUUAACACAUUCAGAUCCGGAUCUGCAAAAGAUUUGGAGUAAUCUGUGAGUAACUGUCGAUUUAGUGGUGCUUUCUGUGCUUGGAAGUUGAGGUUUUUUUUCCUGGUGUUGGUGACCCUGCGCCGCACCUCGGCUGCCCAUUCGUCAACUCCGCUUCUACACAAGGUGAGCCACAAUCGCCCCAGCUGAUAGCUUUUCAAACCUUUGAGUCACGCGUGGUUCCUUUCCCCGCAGAGGGAACUCCAGGGUAGAGUGAGAACUUCACAAGAUGUACCGAGAUCUCGCGGAUUCAUUUGAUCGCAAGCAACAAUGCAAACCUCCCAGCUCUUUCGCUGUGCUCGUGAUUCGAACACGUCCCUCCACGAAAGUUUUUUUUAAAUUUUCCUCCUAAUAAAUCAUACUAUUAUUGUUUUCUAUCCAUAUAACUAGAGACAGGAAGAAUUCGCGGGGUUCAAUGAACUUCAGGAUAGUCUCCAAUAUCCUCUACACACUCGGGCAAAUGCCAACUGUACAUUGGCUGCUGACUUGUGAGUCGUCUCGAAUGGGUAACCUAUGAUUCGACACUUCUAUGAGUGAGGGUCUCUAAUUGGCCCCUCAGUCCUCCAGAUUAACAGUGAACCAAUGGCAGAAGCCGCACUAAGGUAUAGUUAUUUGAAUUUUAGCAUAACACGAAAUGAACCCGCGAAUUUUUCAGGCCUCUACAUAUAAAAAAUGUAAAUUUUGACAAAAGAGCACAGAGUGCUGGCGUGUCAAUAUGUAUUGUACCAAAACCAUGUAAAGAGUAUCCUAUAUGCAAAUAAAAACUCUUGAAUUGAAUUGAAUUGACCGUGGGCAGACGAUGCCCAGCCAGCAGAGAAGGAAACGAAGAAAGUAGUGCCAAUAAUUGAGAACAAAAAAAGUUCACACUUAAACCGGUAUUCCAAGUUUAGGUGUUGUAUCUUGUAUAUGCCACACCUGUAAACUAACCGUAUUCCUAGUGCACGAUAGGACACGGCCAGUCCCUUACUUUCAGGGAACGGAUUUCGGUGUCCUAUCCGUUGCCGAUAUGUUGCCCAAACUUCUGCGCAUGCGCAGAGCUCAUUUUUUCGUUGAUUUCGUCCAGAUGACUGAACCGCAUCUGUUGCCAUUAACUCGUAUAUAGUCACUUUCGUGAACAUCGGGGGACGCGCCAAGCGAAACUAUCACGAAAUACAUUCUGUAUAUUUUAAUGGUCACAAGGUCACAACACGAAAUAAUUUAAACUUUAAAAAAAUACCUACUUGAGAAAAUUAGAAUAACGCCAUUUGAUUCGUGCGACGGCGUUGCCAUCGCUAGGAUUUUCGACGUAACAAUUGUAUCGGUGGUUGCCGAACGUAAUAAUGCGUUGAAAUCAGUUUCUAGCCUAGCGCAGGUUAUCGUUUAUUAAAACUGUUGUCGAUUUUAUUCCUUACUGGAAUUCGGAUUGGACACGUUUUGGAACACGGCAGUGCUUUUUCGCCCUUUGGAAAAUCAGCCACUGGGAAAGCAAACGUUGGUAGAGCAAACACGAGACUUACUAUUUUAACCUGACGCGAAACGAAAUCGCGAAAAGUACUACAAGAAAGAUAUUGUGACUUUGUAGGUAGGUACAAGUAGGUUUUUUUUUAUUUCGAGAUAAUACUGAGUAUUUCUUACGAUAAUUUGCAAAUAAAUUUAUAUUUUAAUCGAUGUUUCAUUCAAGCAUAUAUAUACAUAACCAUGGAAUUUAUAAUGUAAUAUUCAAAGCUUGGACUUUAUUCUAUUUAUUAUCCUUAUUAAUGCUCGCAGUUAAUGACUUGAUGUAAGCUUUUGGACAUACGCCAUUGCUAAGCACAUGCAUGUCUGUAGAAGAAAACUACAAAAAAACCCAAAAGACAAAAACACAAUUUAAGCAAAAAAAUUGCUGUUGUCAGCAGGAUAUAAACACUACAUAAUAUUCCAUAACAGGAAUAUGGUCAACAAACAAAGAAAAACAAAGAAAAAUGUACUAAGAGAACGAAAAAAAAAAACAGCACACAAAUGCUCGCAGUUAAUACUGGAAAGCUAUUCGGGGAACGGUUCACAGAUAACUUGUAACUAUUGGAGGUGCUGGGGCGACUCAAACCGUGGAUUCCCGGUGUUACCGCGAACACAUUUAUGUGAUGAUGCCUGCCGGAUCAUGUUCCACUCGCGGCGCACCCCCUGGACGGAUCACGGCGCGGCUCUGGCAAGACGCUAUCUAAAUCCAGGACGAUAAGGCCGGGUCCCUCCCAGACCGGGCCAUCGUCGGGGAAGUCAGCGACGAGGCCUGCGUCCACCGACUUCGCCCGGCUGACUGCUGCAGCAGCGCUACGAGCGAGAGGGUUAGUUGCCGGCAGAUGGCGGGCACGCGAGAGCUGGUGGCCUGCGCGCUGGGGCGGAGCCCGGGGCCGGACGCGCGCGCCGCCUGGGACCGCGUGUGGGGGCAGCUGCUGGCCCGCGUGCUGGCCGGGGAGGACGCAGUGCCAGACGGCACGGUGCAGGACGCCAUCCCCGAGGUCGCGCGCCGUCUGGCCGCCGCCGAGUCACGACGGCAGCUGCUGCGGGACCGGUGCGCCAGCUUCCUGCAGACUAACCGCGGGCCCGGCCCGGCCUGCCCCGAGCUGUGGUGCGAGGCGCGGCUGCAGGACGGGAGCAGCGCGCGCCUGCACGAGGGGUCCCGGGGCGGCGCCCCGCACGCCGAGCUGCGCGCCCUGCGGCGCCUGGCACAGCUCAGGGACGGCGGCCGGCUGCUGUCCGUGGAGGUGUACCUGAACGUGUCGCCGUGCAGCGAGUGCGCGGACGCCAUGCUGGGGUUCCUGCGGGCCGACCCGGGGGUGCGGCUCAGCCUGCACUUCUCGUCGCUGUUCGCGCACCACGGGCUCAACCACCGCCGCGGGCUGCGGGCGCUGCGCGACGCCGGCGUGCGCCUGGCCGUCUUCGACGACGACACCUGGGAGGCGCUGGCCAGCUGCGUGCAGCAGGAAGAAGAGGAGCAACAACAACGAAUGUGUGAAGCCGUAACAGCGAACCCGAAAGCCCGUGGGUCCAAACGCAAACUGGAGGAAGAUGCACACGAACCGACACCGAGUAAGCGGCAAAACUAGUUAUGUAUUCAUGGACUAUGGACAUACGGUGCAGCAUCUGAGUGGACUGCACUGAGCAGUUAAGGACGGUCGGGGCAUAGCAUUUAAGAACGGACGGAGGGUAGCAGUUAAGGACGGUCGGGGCGUAGCAGUUAAGAACAGUCGGGGCGUAGCCGUUUAGGACGGUCGGGGCGUAGUAGGUGAAGUUGCUCCGCCUAUAUGCCAGUCAUGUAUUUGUAUUGUACCAUGUUGAUGUUGAAUGCACAAUUUAGCACCGUCAAAAACACUCAGCAAUUUAACAAAACUUAACUCAAAUUACAAUAUUUGCAUUUCUUUUAUUAGAUAUAUUUUUGUACAGUAAUGACAUUGGAAAAUUUUUCAAAAACACAAAAAUUUGCAGAUAUAUUUUUCUGGGUAUUUAUGGUCUAGACAUGCUUAUUGUUAUUACUAAUGAUUUACUGUAUAACAGAAUCAUGACUGUGUCAGUCAAAAUGAGACUUUGUGAAAUAUGCAAGUACCAAGAAAUAUUAGAGUUUUUUAUUUGUUAAAUAGUACAUUAUUUUUAUUAAUAAAGACUAUGUUGUAGAUAAAACCCU